UUCAUUCGGAUACAUUCGUAAUAUUUCAUUGCGCAACAUCAACAUCUUCUUGACAGUUCACCAUGAGUGUGCCAUUAGAUAAAUUGCAUGUUAUUGUAGAAUCAGGGAAAAGUAAACAAACUGUAGCUGCACUGGACCCGAGAUGGAUGGAACAAGUUCAGUUUGUGAGCUACCAGGCCCCUCCAAAGGAUCUGUCAGACAAGGGACAGUAUGAGGCAUGGUUAGAAAGGAUUAAAUUCAUAGAAGAUGAUUUACACUGGCUGUUACAACUUCCACAUAAUAAAUUCUGGUGUCAGGCUAUAUUUGAUGAGACUCUGCAUCGCUGCAUAGACAGUUAUCUUCGCUUUGCUCCAAGGUCUUACAAUGUGCUGCAGGAAUUACCUGAACAUGCAAGAGAAAAACAUAAUGAAGUUCACAGACUUGUGUUCAUGACAUGCGUACGCAUGUCCACAUUUAAAGAAUCCAAGGAAUGUUACAUCACUCCAAGUGUUUUUGGAGAAAUUCUAUAUGAGAAUUUUAUAUUUGAUAUUCCGAAACUAUUGGAUCUGUGUGUACUGUAUGGUCAGGGAAAUGGUGCUCUGCUGGCGAAAAUGAUUGAGAAUAUCUUCACCAAGCAACCUAAAUACAAUGAGGACCUAGCACAGACUAUAAGUACAUUGUCACAGGUAUUUGACAGUGUUAUGGAGAAAUGUGGAAUCAAGUUUGAUAGUGGCUCUCACUCACCACAGAAGCUCAGUGACCACGGAAAAAAAACGCCCUUGCACACCAGAGAUGAGACUAGGCUUCAGUAUAUACAAGAUGCAGUCAAUAGUGCAUUUUCUACAUAUGGUAAGAGGAAGUCUCCAAAAGGAGCGAUGAAAAGAGGUGGUAGACAGAGUCCUGAGGGAUCCUCUGGAGAAACUGUUGGUGCAGUUGGUGGUGGGAAAACUUCUUCAGCUGUAUCCGUGGCAGUUAGCAGUGUACCCACAGACAUCUACCAGGUCGAAGAUUCAGAUGCAGUAGGAGCAUGUGCUCCACAAGUGACAGGUGUGGAGCUAGAGUCAAUGGUGUCCUCAGUGAAAGAUUUACUACCCGAACUUGGUGAAGGAUUUAUUGAGUUAUGUUUAGAAGAACUUAAUUAUGACAUAGAGAGAGUUAUAAAUGCUGUUUUAGAAGACAGACUGCCACCGUCACUUCAGCAAGUGGAUAGAACAAUGCCUAGGAAGAAGCGUGCUAUCACCCCACCCAGUGUGUUACAUGAGAGGAAGAAUGUAUAUGACUUUGAUGAGUUUGAUGUUUUCCACAGAGAUGAUAUAGACAAACAGAAAAUACGAAAAGGCAAACUUGGCAAAACAGAGAAUGUCAGUAUAGGUGACCAGUCCGAAUUAAAAGACAUUAAAUCUGCAAUAAGCAAAGACUAUGGUGUUAUACAAGAAGUGGUUAUUGACGAUGGUGGCGAUAAAUACACACGAGACAUGUACGAUGAUGAGUAUGAUGAUACAUAUGAUGUUAAUGCUGUUGGUGCUGAUGACGCUGAUUCAGCAGAUGAACUUACAACUGUGAGACCAUUUACAACACCAAGAGUGCUGGGUGGUCAGACCAAGGCAGACAGGAAAGAUCAUUCAGAAUCAGAGGAGUCGGAUGAAGAUGCCAAUGCAGCAAACCGUGACAACUUCAUUGAAGACCCCGCAGUGAUCAGACAAAGGGCUGAAGAAAGGGCCAGAUGGAAGGCAGGGCGAGCUAAGCCAAGUCAGGCCCCAAAGACUCAUGAUGUUAAAGGCGGGCCAAAAGGUCAAGGUCAAAGUGCAGAGGUAUUGCGCAAUAGACGCUGGAAAACACAGCAUAAAGGAGAUCACAGAAGAGCGGCCGCUGAUAAAAAAAGAAAAGUUUGAUGUUAUCACAUUUUACAUGAAACAAAAAGGAACAAUAACUUUAUCAGAUAUUUGUGAAUUGAAAUAUGUUCAAAAGAACCAUGAUUAUCAAACAUAACCUGUUAUUGAAUAUGAAGAGUAAUUAGGUGUCACAACUUCCCAGUUUGUUGAAUUACAGUGAAGUCAAUGUCUUUAACCCCGUGUUAACAGCAAAUCAUUUCCAAAACAUUCAAGAGUGAGUAAAUAACAGUCAUUCUUUGCAGUUAAGGUUUAUUAAAUAUCCACUUUUGCUUAAAAUUUUAAUAUCGGUAGCUUUCGAAACAGGAACAGGUUGCUUUUAAAAAUUAAUCAUGAAGUCAAAAACUUUAAAUAAAAUUGUUUUGCUACAAAAAUAACAUGUUAAACAUCCUUUAUUUUGAAUGUCACUUUAUAAAUGAGGAAAUGGUACAUUAGCAGUUGGGAUUUUUAGUACAUUUAUAAUUUGUAAAUGGUAUUUACUGGUAGUUAACAAAGCCUGUAUUAUUGAGAUAAGAUUUAUUUAUUUCUCAUCUUUGUUUAGAGCCGUAAAUUGUGUACCAGUCCUGGUGUAAUUGCUCUACAUCUACGUCUAAUUGAUUGUUGUACUAGAAUUAUUUAAAAUUUUAAUUGACACUUUGUCAGUUUUCAGAAAACAGUGCACAGGCAACUGUGCUACAAUUGAUUUCCACCAAAUGUUAAUAAAUGUGUAUAAUAUGCAAA